AUGGCGAACGAGGAGAUCGCCCAUAUUCAGGUCUAUCGGAGACAAGUCGACAGUCUCUUGGACCGCGCCGCGCAAGUCAAGCCCGACAAGCAGAUCGAACCCCCAUUGUCCGAGUCACAGCUCGGCGAACCAACAUGGCAGCUUUCUCCAGAGGAUCAAAAGGCCACUGAGCAACUGAGUCAACAGACCAGGCUUGCUGCCGUCGAAAUCGCGUUCCGCGAGAAGUUCUAUCGCGUUCUGGCCUCGACCUCAAUUGACGACCCUGCCUUCAUUCAGAUCUGGAACCUCCUUGACCUCGUCUCGAUCUUCUCCGAUAACGAACAAUGCGAACCUGGUCUCAUAUUCUGGCUCAUCGAGGAGCUUCUAGACAGUCAGACCAUUGAUGGCUGCCGCAAAGUCUUUGAUUACUUGGAGUCUCGAAGGGAAAGAAACACCAAGAACCACUUCAAGCAGAAAAGCUUGGUUAUCCUACGAUCCUGUAACGAGCUCCUUCGUCGACUCUCGCGCGCAGAAGAUACAGUGUUCUGUGGCCGGGUCUUCAUCUACCUCUUCCAGAGCUUCCCACUUGGCGACAAGAGCUCUGUCAACCUUCGCGGAGAAUUCCAUUCCGAAAAUGUCACUACUUUCGACGAAAUUACCCAAAAACCCACCGAUGAUCAACAGCAAGAUACCACAAUGACCGAGGGGCCCGAACCGACCGGGUCUGAAAAUGCCGAAGCGAUCUCCGAGAAAACAGCCAGUGUGCCGAAAGUGGUGGUCUCCGGUGAUGGAAAGAAGUCAGAAAAUGUCGACUUGGAUGCGCUCUACCCCCUCUUCUGGAGCCUCCAGGCCUCUUUCUCUUCGCCGAGCCAAAUCUUCGAAUCAGAACGUUUCGCCUCCUUCAAAGCUGGUCUUGAAGCGACUCUAUCUGCAUUCAGAAAUAUCAACACCGAAAUGGAAAAUCACAGUGCUUCCCGGGCUUCUGAAGAUGCCCGCAAGUCGAGCAAGCGCAAGCGCAUCUCAGAUGACACAGAAGUUGCCACCAGCUUCAACCCCAAAUAUCUCACGAGCCGGGAUCUGUUUGAUCUAGAGGUCAGCGAUACUGCUUUCCGACGGCACGUGCUUGUCCAGGCUUUGAUUCUCCUCGACUUUGUGCUUUCUCUCACGCCGCAGGCUAAGACACGUCUGGUGAAUACCACUAACAAGUCAGUACUUUAUGGUUUCACCUUGAAUGAGGAAGACACGAAGUGGGCAAUCAAUAUCCGGAGGCAAAUCGGUGAUUAUCUGCAACAAGGACCCGAGGGCAAGUUCUAUUAUCGCAUGGUGGACACGGUCUUGUCUCGGGACAAGAAUUGGGCGCGGUGGAAAGCUGAAGGUUGUCCAUUGAUUGAACGACCGGCCAUCUCGUCCUCAGAAUACACGACCUACCGCGAAAAUGCCGUCAAGAUGUACGCCAACAAGCGUCUCAGGCCCUCACCGAUGGGUUCCCUUGACCUGAAGUUCCUUUCGGAUAGCGAAGCUCUUGCCAACAUUGAACGUCUCAAGGAAUCCGAUCGUUACAGCGUGCCUUCCGCCGACACAUUCAUGAAAGGCAUAAUGGACGAUGAAAUGGACCUCGAUCUCGCGAUGACCGACGAAGACAAGGCGGUUGCCCAAGGCGCCAUCGAUAGCAAGUCCUGGCGAAUCCUGCGCCUGUCUGCGAAGACCAAACUCGCAUCAUUCGACAAAUUGGACAGUAACAACCUACAAAUUUUGUUCGCAGCCCCUACGACGAACCAAGAAUCCGAACGCAACACGGGUGAUCCCAAGGACCUUCCUCAGUCGUUAGAUGGAGUCCAGGAUCUGCCAGACCCCACUAAAAAGAAUGAAGAAAACCACGACUCUGUCGACAACUCUCAAAAAGCCGAGUCCAACGAACGAGCUGAAGCUCAAGAGUCUGUCGAGAACAAAGAUUCUGCUCAGGAGCCCGAAAGUAAUCAAAGCGCAACUGCCCCAGGCGUUCCCCAGGCUCUGGAGGAGGACCAAGAGAUGCAAGAUAACAAAGACGCCACCACUGAAGAACCACAAGACCCGAGCGUGGAGAAGAACGAGGACCUUGCCGCCUCUAGCGCCCCUUCAGAGACCCCUGCCUAA